GUCACUGUUCUUUUUUGUAACUCUACGCUACGUAUAUUCUCACACGCGUUUGGCUUUAUGAUUUCCCCACUGCGCGCCAUAUUCUCGAACGUUCACCCCUCUUUCUCAUCAUAUGCCCGACCAUAUCUCCCGACCACCGUCGCUGGCGGUGCAUUCCGACCACGUCUCCUCGCCGCGGACCACAACUCGUCGUCACCACCCCGCCGAUCUCAAAAAGCUUCAUAAUUGCCAUACCUCUAUACUGGUUUGGUUUUGCUCUCCACUAAAUUAAUCUAUACUGGCAUUCAAUGGAAUUCAGGAAUUAGGGUUUUGACCUCUCUCAAUCACCUCUGUCCUCAUUCUUCGAUCAACCGUCAGAGACACAGACAAUGACAACUCCUCACUAGGAUUUGAGAUUGCUCUUUUCAUCUGUAAAUUUCAAAAUUUGAAGCUUUAUACUGAUGGGAAGGUUAUUAUUGUCUCCAGCUGUUAAACUGACUUAUAUGCCAGCCCUGGACCUUAUAAGGAUUGCCAUCUAAAUAAUUUAAGAACACUCUUCGAUGGUGAAAAGAAUUAAUUAAUUCCAUUGGAGGAUUGCCUCGUGCAUGAUUUAGAUGUGAGAUUAUGUUCCCUUGAUGAUGGUGUACUCAUCAGCUUGACUAAGAUAGAUAGAAAUCAGGACCAUGCCUCGUAAAGUUAAUUAUGGAGUUAACUAUGAUGAAGACUAUGAUGUCUACGAAGAUUACGAUGAAGAUUACGAUUUUGAUUCUGAUGCAGAACCAAACUCAGCUGCAGCACCUGAGACAAAACAUAAUAGCAUUAAGCUUGGGGUUUGGCGUUGCUCCAUUUGUACAUUUGAUAAUGAAGAGGGAAUGUCUUCAUGUGAUAUAUGCGGGGUUCUUCGUAAUCCUUUGGUUAACAUUCAUAACAAUGGCAAUAAGACUACAGCUGAUGGCAUGUGCAAUGAUUCUGGAGCAUCCAUAACGGCCAAGUCUCUUUUUGCAUCAUUGCUGCAUCGCAUACCAAAAAAGGCUGUGAUCUUUCAACAACAGAAUGAUGAUUUUUCGACGGAAGAGCGCAAUAACUUCCACAAGCUUGGAAAUAUCCUAGGAACUGUUGAUGAUUUUCAUAAGGCUUUUAGCUGUCAAAACCAUUAUCGUUUGAAUAUAGCCCCUUUCAAGUUUGACGUCCCAUCUCCAGAUGAUUCGGUAUCAAAUGGAAUGCGUGCCUCCAAAAUGGGUUCAAAAGCGAACUUCAACAAGUCAGCUUCUUUGGAUGUUCCGUCAAGUAACAUAGAGAAGAACACUGCAAUCAAAUGUCAGUCACAUGCUAAAGAGUCUGAUAGCUCUUCUUCAUCAAUGUCACAGAGCAGAAAUGCUAGUGUAGAGGAGACCAGUUCUUCAGUUAAUGGGCAUGGGCCACAAAGUCUUUCCAGUAGCCUUGACAAUAUGUCUUUGAAUUUUAAAUCUGAAUACUCGAAGAAUGUUAAUGCUGGAAGAGCUAUAUCAUAUUCUCAGUAUAAACCUGAGAAAUGGAUGCUACCUGACCAAGCAGAAGAUAUACUGACUCAAUUAAAUCUCGCUAUUGUCGGCCAUGUUGAUUCUGGGAAGUCAACACUCUCGGGAAGGUUGCUACAUCUUUUGGGACGAAUCUCAAAAAAGGAAAUGCAUAAAUAUGAAAAAGAGGCUAAAAUACAAGGAAAGGGGUCCUUUGCUUAUGCAUGGACAUUGGAUGAGAGUGCAGAAGAGAGGGAGAGAGGAAUAACGAUGACAGUAGCUGUUGCUUAUUUCGACUCUAAAAGAUAUCAUGUUGUUCUGCUUGACUCCCCAGGCCAUAAAGAUUUCGUUCCAAACAUGAUAUCUGGGGCAACGCAAGCAGAUGCCGCAAUUCUUGUUAUAGAUGCCUCAGUCGGUUCAUUUGAAACAGGUAUGGACAUCACUGGAGGGCAAACAAGGGAACAUGCACGGCUUGUUAGAAGUUUUGGUGUUGAUCACAUUAUAGUUGCAAUUAACAAAAUGGAUGCUGUGGAAUACUCCAAAGAACGUUUUGAUUUAAUUAAACAGCAACUUGGAACAUUUCUCCGCUCAUGUGGCUUCAAGGAUUCUUCUAUCUCAUGGAUUCCGCUGAGUGCCAUGGAAAACCAAAAUUUGGUGGCAGUUGCUUCUGAUUUACGACUUUUGUCCUGGUACAAGGGGCCUUUUCUAUUGGAUGCAAUAGAUUCUCUCCAACCUCCGGCAAGAGAUCACUCAAAGCCCCUACUAAUGCCCAUCUGUGAUGUUAUCAGAUCUCAGUCACUUGGGCAGCUGUCAGCAUGUGGGAAAUUGGAGGCCGGGGCACUUCGAAGUGGAUAUAAGGUUCUAGUUAUGCCAUCAGGAGCCAUGGGCAUGGUGCGUUCCUUGGAACGUGAUUCUCAGGCUUGUGCCAUUGCAAGAGCUGGAGACAAUGUGGCUGUCAGUCUACAAGGUAUUGAUGAGAGCCAUGUGAUGGCUGGGGGUAUGUUAUGCCACCCAGAUUUUCCAGUUUCAGUAGCAAGUCAUUUGGAACUGAAGAUUCUUGUCUUAGACGUUACAACCCCAAUCUUAAUUGGCUCUCAGUUGGAGUUUCAUAUACAUCAUGCAAAGGAAGCUGCAAGGGUAGUAAAGUUAUUGUCAUUACUCGAUCCAAAGACUCAAAAGGUGACAAAGAAGUCACCACGAUGUCUAACAUCAAAGCAGAGUGCAGUAGUUGAGGUGGUUCUGCAAGGAGCGGUUUGUGUUGAGGAGUUCUCGAACUGUAGGGCUCUUGGGAGGGCAUUCCUAAGAGCAUCAGGAAGAACUGUUGCUGUAGGCAUUGUAACCCGAAUAAUAGGGGAAGAAUAGGUCAAUCUGACUGCGCCUAUAGAACUGGUGACAUUGAAAGUGCCGUUAUGGUUUUGGAGUAUCUUGGUGUAUUUACUGGAUAGGAUAUGUAUUGGAUGUACAUUCGAUCUCCUGAUCCUGUAUUCAUGUAAUUUUUAUUUAUUUGGAGAUGCAUUUUCUUGUUCGUAAACCGCCUGAAAUUUGAUAGAUAUUUCUCAAAGUUUUAUUAUA